UUUCAGAUACAAUCUUUCACACCAUCAAACUUACUACACCUGAGUUAUUAUGUUGAAACAAGAGAGUAACAACACUGGUAGUGGAGAGAACAACAGGGCACGAGCCUGUGACAUAUGCCGAUCAAACGCCUGCACCGUGUACUGCCAUGCUGACUCUGCCUACUUGUGCACGAGCUGUGAUGCUCAAGUUCACUCUGCCAAUCGCGUUGCUUCCCGCCAUAAACGUGUUCGGGUCUGCGAGUCAUGUGAGCGUGCUCCCGCUGCUUUUUUGUGUGUGGCAGAUGAUGCAUCUCUUUGCACAGCUUGUGAUUCAGAGGUUCAUUCUGCAAACCCACUCGCUAGACGCCAUCACCGAGUUCCAAUUCUGCCAAUCUCCGGAAACUCUUACAGCUCCAUGUCCACUCAUCACCAAAGUGAGACAACAAUGACUGAUCAAGAUAAGUUACCAAUUGUGGAGCAAGAGAGAGGUGUAGAAGGUGGUGAGGAUGCCAAGAAGGUGCCGUCGUGGUUGUUCACUAACUCAAAUAAAAAUAAAGGCAAUCAUAAUGACAAUAGCCAGAACAAUGGGUUUUUGUUUAGUGAUGCGUAUCUUGACCUUGCGGAUUACAACUCAAGUAUGGACUACCAAUUCACAAGUCAAUACAAUCAACAGCAACAAGACUGCGGCGUACCACAAACAAGCUACGGGGGAGAUAGGGUGGUUCCACUUCAACUCGAAGAAUCAAAGGGCCACCUGCACCAAAAGGGACAGAAUUUUCAAUUCGAUAUCACAAAUGGUUCCUCAGGAAGUCACUACAGCAACAAAGGUUCCCUAAACCAUAACGCAUACAUUUCAUCCAUGGAAACUGGUGUUGUGCCGGAGUCAACACCGCGUGUCAAAACAGCUUCACAUCCAAGAACGCCCAAAGCAACAGUAGACCAACUACCUGACCCUCCAAGUCAGAUGAUAACCCAACUCAGUCCAAUGGAUAGAGAAGCCAGAGUCCUGAGAUACAGAGAGAAGAGGAAGACAAGGAAAUUUGAGAAGACGAUAAGGUAUGCUUCAAGGAAGGCAUAUGCAGAGAGAAGACUAUGGGUCAAUGGCCGGUUCGCAAAGAGGAGAGAAAUCGAAGACGAGGACCACGAGUUCAACAUAAUGCUAAUGUACGACACAGGAUAUGGCGUUGUUCCUUCAUUCUGAUACUCUUAUGGCAAAAGUAAAGACUACUAGAUUGCACGCUGUAAAUUACUUUUAGAUUGAGAUUCUGUUAGGUUUGGUGAAAACAUCACCACCAAAUACCCUUUACUUUAUGGAAAUUACACAAAAACAAAAAUAGUAGUGAGACUGAAUACUCUAAUAACACACAACACUGGAAGACCAAUUGCUACUUUACAUACAGAACUAAAUUUCAAUUGCCUGAACUGACAAUGUCAAAAGUCGCAUUAAGGUCACAAAGCAGCUAGCUUGACUUAAAAUAUAGAACUACGAUAGAGACAGAAGCUCAAAUCACACUCCUCUGGCUCUGGGAUGCAUAUUUUCCUUAUCACCACUAUUAUGCAAAUGGGUCUGUAGUUUUGGCUAAUUAUUACUAUAGUAAUUCCUCU